CUUCGCCUUGAGUUUGAAUCGGGCUGUUGCGGGUGUCUUGCCCCGUGGGCGUGUGUGUGUGUGUGUGUGUGUCUGUCUGUCUGUCUGUCUGUCUGUUUGUGUGUGCGCGCACACACAUACACACACACAAGAGCGUUGCGAGAGCAUCAGGUUUCAACUUUGGACCGAAGCAGCAGCGGUGUGGGGUUUCCGUCCGCGGGACCGGCCAGCCGCGCGGGAACCACGGAAAGAACAGAAGGCAAGAAAGAAAGAAAAGAAAGAAGGAAGGGAGGGAGGAGAAGGAAGAGAAAAGCAAAGGAUCCAUUGGAUCCACCCCAGGGUUAGACCCAUCUUGGGCAAAAGCAAGCAAAGACUGACCAAGAGGAUCCUAGAUUCUUUGCACGGGUUUCGCCAAGGGUUCGCAAGAUCCGGAGCGACGAGGAAGGAGGAACCGCGAAAGACAUCAGCUCGUCUGAAUGCGAAGAAACAGGAAAGAUGGAUCCCUUCAGCACUAAGAACCUGGCUCUCCAAGCUCAGAAGAAGCUGCUGAGCAAGAUGGCUUCCAAGAACAUGGCCAGCAUCUUCAUCGACGACACCAGCAGCGAGAUCCUGGACGAGCUGUACCAGGUCACCAAGGAAUUCACUCACAAUCGCAAAGAAGCCCAGAAGGUCAUCAAGAACCUGAUCAAGAUCGUCGUGAAGUUGGGCCUGUUGUACCGCAACAAGCAGUUCGGCGUGGAAGAGCUGGCCUUGAUGGACCGCUUCCGCAAGAAGGUCCACACCUUGGCCAUGACCGCCGUCAGCUUCUACCAGAUAGACUUCACCUUUGACCGCCGGGUCAUGGCCAACAUGCUCAACGAAUGCCGGGACCUGCUCCACCAAGCCAUCAACACUCACUUGACCGCCAAGUCCCACUCUCGGAUCAACCACGUCUUCAACCAUUUUGCGGACUUCGAGUUCCUCUCGGCCCUCUACGGCUCUUCCGAGCCUUACCAGACCCACCUGCAGCGGAUCUGCGAAGGGCUGAGCCAAAUGCUGGAUGAAGGCAACAUCUGAAAAAAAAAACUCCACUGUUGUCUUGAGGACCCAGCUGUGGGACUCCGUUGCUCUGGAUGUGCUUCUGAUGUAAUUGAGUGGUAUUUUAAGAAUGAGAUGGUGUGGGGUG